AUGGCUUCAAAAUAUGUUCCGACAAACUCUCUCUUGAGGAGCCUCAACCACGCUCUACGAGAACACCGCAAAUGCUCCUCCACAUCCCGCUUCAGACCAAGAACAACAAGGUCCGCGGCGACAUUCACGCACCGACGGCAUUCACAAGCCGUCUCCGUCCUCCCGACUGCAGUGGACAAGUCCAGCCAGGACUUCAAAGACAAUGCGGCACAGCUGAGCGAGGCCAUGAACAAAUACGCGGCUUUGCACCAGAAGAUCUCCCAAGGAGGCCCAGAGAAGGCGCGGCAAAAGCACAUCCAAAGGGGCAAAAUGCUAGCAAGAGAUCGUAUAACAGCUCUCAUCGACCCUGGGAGCCCCUUUAUGGAACUCUCGCCCCUCGCCGCGCAUGAAGUUUAUGAAGACGAAGUCCCCGCCGCGGGCGUCAUCGCUGGGAUCGGCACCGUGGAAGGCGUGACAUGCAUGAUCGUUGCCAAUGAUGCCACGGUCAAGGGUGGGACAUACUACCCCUUGACUGUGAAAAAGCACCUCAGAGCGCAAGAGAUCGCCCAGCAGAACAAAUUACCGUGCAUAUACCUUGUUGACUCGGGAGGCGCAAAUUUACCGAAUCAAGCCGACGUAUUCCCAGAUCGAGACCACUUUGGAAGGAUAUUCUUCAACCAAGCUAGGAUGAGCAGUAUGGCCAUCCCUCAACUUGCCGUGGUAAUGGGCCCUUGCACGGCCGGCGGCGCGUACGUGCCCGCCAUGUGCGAUGAAUCCAUCAUUGUCGAGAAACAAGGCACCAUCUUCCUGGCGGGUCCACCGCUGGUGAAGGCGGCGACGGGGGAGGUGGUCUCUGCUGAAGACCUCGGCGGCGGCUCCCUCCAUAGCUCCAUUUCCGGUGUCACAGACUAUCUCGCUGUGGAUGACGCUCACGCAAUUGUUCUAGCCCGGCGCUCCAUCUCCAACCUCAACUACCCCCGAGAACAUUUACCGGUAACCCCCGAUGAGAUCCAGGACCCCUUGUACGACCCAUCCGAGCUCGCCGGAAUCGUCGGCACAAACCUGCGAAAACAGAUUCCAAUGCACGAAAUCAUCGCCCGCAUCGUUGACGGCAGCAAAUUCGCCGAGUUCAAGAAGGACUACGGCACCACCUUGCUGACGGGAUUCGCGAGGAUCCACGGCUAUCAAGUCGGAAUCAUUGCUAAUAAUGGCAUUUUAUUCUCCGAGUCAAGCUUAAAAGGUGCACAUUUUAUCGAACUGUGCUGCCAGCGAAACAUCCCACUGGUAUUCCUACAGAACAUUUCCGGGUUUAUGGUUGGCGCGGACGCCGAGCGAGGCGGGAUCGCGAAGAACGGCGCCAAGCUCGUCACCGCAGUCGCAUGUGCCGACGUCCCCAAGUUCACCGUCGUCGUGGGCUCGUCCGCCGGCGCGGGAAACUACGGCAUGUGUGGCCGCGCGUACUCGCCUCGGUUCCUGUGGAUGUGGCCAAACGCGAAGAUCGGAGUCAUGGGGCCCGAACAGUUGACGGCCGUCAUGGAGACGGUGGGCAAGAGCGUGGACGUGGGCUUGCGGGAUCGCAUUGAACGCGAGAGUGAUGCUUGCUUCUCCAGCGCGAGGCUGUGGGAUGACGGGGUCAUUCAUCCCGCGCAGACCAGGAGUGUUUUGGCCAUGGGCUUGAAGGUCGCCCUGGGUGGCAAGUCUGAUGACAAGCAGACGAGAUUCGGCGUCUUUAGGAUGUAG